AAUAACUGAAUAAAUAACUGGGAGCAUGAGUGCAACGUGUAAACCUCCGGGACGGUAGGCGGCGGGCUUUCUGCAAGCACACGGGAGAAGUGUAUGUUCGAGGUCAGGUUCCGGUAGAUUUCCACGAUGGCUGCCCACAUAUGUAAACAUGCGACUUAAUGUGGAAGCUAGUGGUGUUCAAGUUAAACAGUUCUGGGAGCAUGUAUUCAUCUAGCCGAUUCUUGUGACGUCGAGUAGUUUGAUAUUAACACCCAAAGCGGGAUUUUUAACAGAUUAGACAUCAGGUUGUGAGUUGUUACCGAGCCAGAGAGGCUAACAUUAGCGAGCUAACAGCUAACGCUAGCUCGGCAGCAGAGAGCCAUGCCAGCGCUCACGUUAUUCGUUGGUUCGCUACCAGCUUCAGCUUCAAAUGAACGACUAGAGGAAAUAUUCUCUGAAAUUGGUCCGGUAAAGCAAUGCUUUGUCGUCAAAGAGAAAGGCAUAGACAAAUGUCGGGGAUUCGGCUAUGUCACAUAUUCAAUGGAGGAAGAUGGACAGCGAGCAUUGAAAGAAGUAAAAGAAUACGACGGGAAGAAGCUUUCUAUAUCACUGGCGAAGAAGAAAAUAAAAGAUAAAAGGAAAACAGCACCUCCAGAGCCAGCUGCAGCACCGAAAGAAAAUGAACAGAAAUCCAAAGGCUUCAGGAAAACUAAUUUGAAAUCGAGACUCAUCAUAAGGAACCUUAGUUUUAAGUGCUCGGAAGAUGAUCUGAAAGAAGUUUUUUCUAAGUUUGGAACCGUCCUUGAGGCCAAAAUUCCCCUCAAACCUGAUGGGAAGAUGCGAGGAUUUGCGUUUGUCCUUUUUAAAAAUGUGUCUGAGGCAGCGAAAGCGCUUAAUGCUAUGAACCUGAAGGAAAUAAAAGGUCGGCAGGUAGCAAUUGACUGGGCUGUCCCGAAGGACAAGUUUAUCGCCACACAGCCGUCCUCAAGUGCAGGAAAUAAGAAUACUGAGGCAACUGCGAAACCGUCAGACACAAAGAGUGACACUGAAGAUGAGGAAGAAGAAAAGCCACAAGCAGCACCUGAGAAGAAAAAAGUCACUUCCAAACCAGCAGUGCAGCAGGUGGAGGAAUUCCAAUCUGAUGAUGAAGAUGAUAGUGAGGAGGAGGAGGAGGAGGAGGAGGAUGAUGAUGAUGAUGAUGUGUCCCAGGAGGGAGAAGAUGACGACAAUAAGAGUAGCAUUGGUUCAGAUGAUGAUCAAGAUGAGGACGACGAUGAUGAUGAGGACGACGACGAUGAUGACGACGAUGAAGAAUCAGCUAAAAAGAGAAAAUCAAAGAAACUUCUCCCUUCAGAUGUGAAAGAGGGCAGAACAAUUUUCAUCAGGAACCUGUCCUUUGACACGGAGGAAGAGGGUCUUGAGGAAGUUCUCCUAAAGUACGGAGAGCUUAAUUACAUUAAGAUUGUGCUCCACCCAGAUACAGGACAUUCAAAAGGUUGUGCAUUUACUCAGUUUAAGACUAAAGAGGCAGCAGACAAAUGCAUAGCUGCAGCGCAGGAUGAGGCGGAGAAUGGUGGUGUCCGCAUAGAUGGCCGAAAGCUGUUGAUUGUGGCAGCAGUGACCAGAGAGGAUGCUUCGAAGCUGAAAGACGACAAAGUGAAAGUAGAAACAGGCACCAGGAACCUGUACCUGGCCAGAGAGGGAUUGAUCCGUGCUGGAACCAAGGCUGGAGAGGGUGUUCCUGAAGCAGACAUGGUCAAAAGAAACCGAUUUGAAGAAGUAAAGAAGACCAGGCUUCGGAGCAUAAAUGUGUUUGUGUCAAAGACUCGUCUGUGCGUCCAUAACCUGCCCAAGUCAGUGGACGAUAAAAAACUCAGAGUGCUCUGCCUCCAAGCAUUAAAAGGAAAAAAGGGAGCACGCAUCCCAGAGUGUCGGGUGAUGUAUGACAUGAAGCCAGAGAAGGGUCAGGUGAGGGGACAAUCGUUAGGUUAUGGCUUUGUCCAGUUCCAGGAACAUGAACAUGCUCUCAGCACACUUCGUUACCUCAACAACAACCCCGACAUCUUCGGCUCACACAAGAGACCUAUCGUUGAGUUCUCCCUCGAGGAUACAAGGAAACUUAAGAUAAAAGAAAUGCGACAACAAAGAAACAAGGAAUUCCUCCAAAAUCAUCCCUUUAAAGCAGGAGCGAAACCUCAGACCCAGACAGCCGGAGCUGGAAAAGGACCCUGGAAAGGUGUAAAUGAAGCACAGUCUUCAUCAGCGCAGACAGGAAACGAGAGUGCUCCUCAAAUCCAGAAGCAAGACAAACGCUAUUCGGGCUUCCAGACCAAGCCUGAGGUCGAGCAUGUAGAUUUGAAGAACGGGAAGAAACGAAAGUCUGUUCUAAACUUCCCUUCCCAUCGGGGGCCUAAGAUCAGAAUGCGUGAUAAAGGAAAGCAGCAGGCGCCGCCGCCCAAGAAAGCAAAGCCUGGAUCCAACAGGAAAGAGCGUCAAAGACAACAAAUGGAGAAGCCAACACAGCCCAGAAACCAGAAGGUUAAUAUGCCAAAGAAGAACUUUAAGAGAAGGGGCAGUGACCACUUCGACAGCCUGGUGGAGCAGUACAAGAAGAAACUGAUGGGCAACAGUGACAAGCACACCAAUGUCAAAAGAAACAAGUGGUUUGAUAGUUAAUGCUGUGUGUAUGUGCUUGUCUGUAUGUGUUUGUCUGUGUGUGAGUGUGAAUGAGAAAGUGUGUUUGAAUCUUAAGUGUCUAAGUCUCCCACAACAAAGGUCCUCUACAUUCGACAGCCUGAGGUUUUAAAAUGAGUACAAUGGUUCUCAUAAUUAGUUUGGUGUUUGGAGUUUGCUGUACACUAUAUGAUGCCAUGUGUGAACCUUUACUGUCACUUGACUUCAUUCAUCCUGUUCCUGCAUUUCUGUAAUCCAUACUCAUGCUUGUCUUUUACUACUUAAACAAACGGAUUAUUCUAAGGAUAGAUGUGUUUUCAUGAACUUGGCUUUUUAUGAAAAUAUAUUAAAAACCCUUGAAUUUG